AUGGAUCCAGCACCUGCUCGUCUGAGCAGCUCUGCCAGGGUGGGUCUCUCGCGGCUCCUUUCUGCAACGCUGGAGGCCCUCAACAGCACGGCCGGCGUCCUGGGCCACUUCUCCUUCAUCUUGGUGGGCAUCCCUGGUCUGGAAGCCUUCCACCCCUGGAUUGGGACCCCGCUCUUCCUCAUGUACGUCCUGACUGUGCUGGGGAACGUCACCAUCCUCGUUGUCAUCAAGACGGAGCCCAGCCUCCACCAGCCCAUGUACCUCUUCCUCUCCAUGCUGGCUGCCAACGACCUGGUCAUCAGCACCUCCACCUUGCCCAAGAUGCUGGCCAUCAUGUGGUCGGGCGCCAGGGAGAUCGGCUUCCAUGCCUGCCUGACGCAGAUGUACUUCAUCCACACCUUCUCCAUCGUGGAGUCGGCCAUCUUGCUGGCCAUGGCCUUUGAUCGCUACGUCGCUAUCUGCCACCCUCUCCACUACGCGGCCAUCCUCAGCAACACAGCGGUGGCCAGGAUGGGGCUGGCGGCGUUUGUCCGGGGCGUGAUCCUGGUCCUGCCCUGCCCCCUCCUCCUCCUCCAGAGGCUGCCUGGUGGCUUCCGAACGGUCAUCCAGCACACCUACUGCGAGCACAUGGCGGUGGUCAAGCAGGCCUGCAGCGACACGACCGUCAACCGGGUCUAUGGGAUCUGCGUGGCCCUCUCGGUGGUGGUGCUAGACCUGGGGCUCAUUGCCGCCUCCUACACCAUGAUCCUCCGGGCCGUCUUCCGGCUCUCGUCAAGGGAUGCUCGCGCCAAGGCCCUAGGGACCUGUGCAGCCCACACCUGCACCAUCUUGGUCUCCUAUGUGCCCGCCCUCUUCACCUUCCUGACCCACCGGAUUGGCCGCCAUGUGCCUCCCUAUAUCCACAUCCUGCUGGCCUGCCUCUACCUCCUCCUGCCGCCCAUGGUGAACCCCCUCGUCUAUGGGGUGAAGACCCAGCAGAUCCGCCAGAGGGUGCUUGGCCUUUUGGGCCAAGGGCGAAAGGGGCCUGCAAACCACUAG